AAAUGCAAUGUUUUGCUAAUGCACCAUUUUGACCUUUUUUUUGCAUUUCCUUACCUGAUUACUCAACUGAUUUCGCCUGAGAAGAAGAUAAGUAAAAAGGCUGUGACUGGCUACGGACCAAAAAGCAGGAAAAUCUAUGGCAUGCCUCGGAACUGUGCUGGUGCACAAUCUGGCUCAGACUGGUCGAAACUGAGCAGUAUACGCAGAUUUGUUUGAGACCUGCAUGGGCCCUGGUUGAAUUGAGGUGGAAGGACCCAUCUACUAAAACACACCAAAACAGUUAAUGAGGCGUGAAACAGAAGACAAUUAUUAGAGAAGAAGCUUGAAGACCAAUUUCAUUAUAUUACUGUUGGGAUUUCAGGCUUUUUCAUUAAUUUGAUAUUGACAAUUUCAGGCCAUAGGCAAGAUUUGCACAUGCUAUAUACAAGGCUUUAGAUGAAAAAUACCCCCUGAUAACAUCAGCAGUUAGAAGAUUAACAUAACCAUGCCACCCAUCAGACAGAUCAAAAGAUAGAAACUCAGUUUUGAAUUUGAGAGGUACUUGCAGGUCAGAAUGGAGUCAUUAAGUUUAGUUCAGGUGAAAGAAAAUCUAAUCGAGCUUGAGAAUUUGGUCAAGGAGGGCAAAGAUCAAAAUGAUGCUAAAGUCAAAGACAUGGAAGACAAGAUUCGCAUUGCUUUGGAUGUCCCAAGGGAAAGCUGGAUAAACACUGGACAAACUCUGAAGGAUGUCAUAGAAAAAGUACAUAAACUACUGGACGUUGUGCAGGAUUCAACGGUCUCAUCUGAGAUUAUUUCAGAUAAGGAUGUUCUGGAGAAUGCAUCUGGGGGUCUGGCUUUGGAAGGGGUUUACAAAACCAGAAAUUCUGAAGACUUGCUAAAGAGAAGAGAACAACUUAUUGAGAUUCCAGAUUCAUUUUCACUUUCUGGUCCUGUGCAAAGUACCAGGUACGAGCAGAAAGAAUUUUCAUCCCACAAAUCUGAAGCUGUUUAUCACAAAGUAAUGGAGAAACUGGGCCACAGCUUUAGCAGCUCAUUGAACAUUGGAUUCAAAGGCUUUGGUUUUGGCUCUGGAGUUGAGAAAAAUAAAUCUAAUGAGAUGGAGCAAACCAGUUCAAAUUUGCAAGAAGAGUCCUACAUCCUCCACACAAAGUACAACUACGUUCCACUUGCGUGUGGCAUUCUUCAGAAAGAUGAACUCAAACUUUCCAGUGGAGCUGUUAAUGCCCUCAGAGAAAUUGAAAAUGUAAUUUUGCUUUCUAAUGACCGCAAAACACAAACCAACACAAUCAGAAGUUUUUAUGAGAGAUUUGGGUCCCAUGUGAACCAAGGCCCUGUACACUUGGGUGGAGUUUUCUGGUGGAGAGCAUCUUCAUCAGGCUUCAGAAGUAAUGAUGUGUCAGAGAUAAAACAGCUGAUCUCUGAAUCAAUGAAUGUUUACUCUAGUGCUGGAUUUGGAUUUGGUGCACUGUCUAUCUCAGCCAAAGUAGCAACAUCCUCCACACAGCUGAGGGGAUCUCUUACUGGGAAACACAGAGAAGACCUGAUGAGUAAUGUACAGCUGUCAGUCAGUAAAAUGGGUGGUCCUGCUGAGAUUGACAACCACUUGCAGUGGAAAGUCCUUCUUACUGCUAAUAACAGAACUUGGAGUAUUAUAGACAGAGGAACAACCCUGACUCCUAUCUGGGAGAUACUAAUGUCUUCUCACAGAGACGAUUUCAAUGAUGUGUCCAAUUUAGGCAGAAUAUUGAUGGAAGCAUAUACAGACAUCACUGGAGAAAAUGUGGAAGAGGUGUGGGGGGAAAACAUUCUUUCUGAAAUGGAAAAGGCAGAAACUCUGAUGCAGUCAGUAAACACCUGGAGUGCCACUGACUGUGAUUCUCACUUGGCACAGUUGUUGGACUUCAAAACCUGGCUCUUUGAAAAAACAAGAUCUCACAAAAUCUGGCUGAAAUGUCUCUCUAAUGAAAUACUUCAAAAUUAUCUGUUUGAAGUGGCUACAGUAAACAGCAAAUCCACUGCUGUAAAUUUGAGAUGUCUGAUACGCUCUCUUUUGGAAGAUCAUCUUAAUGAAGUGGAAAACUUCCAAAACAGAAGAGAACUUAUGAAUUGGGCAUAUCUAACAGAGGAAGACUUGAGUAAACAAGGUCAUGUGUCUCAUUUCUCAGAACUAGACAGAGUCUUUCAAUGUGCCAAACAAAAACUGGGAGACAGCAGACUCAUGCUUAGUUCUGCUGAACAAGAACACAAUGCAAAGAUGAAAACUACAAUGGCUGUAACUCUCUCUCUGAAUUCAUUUUGUAAGACUUUGCAAGAAAAAGAAGAGAAGGAAGUUGAACUGUUGGUCCUGUCCAUAAUAACAGUUAUAGGAUACAGUAGUGAACACAAAACAUUUGAUCAUAUUCUGGAUAUAAAUGAAAUCACAUUCCUGCAGUCUGAACUGCAGAGUGCAUUUAGCAGGUACACCUCUCUAAAAGAACAGUGUUCCAUUAGGGCUCAAGCGUACCUGUUGCUGACAGCUCUGACUGUGUCCACUGACAAAGAAAUCCAGAUUUCACCAAAGGCAAAAGAAGAGAGACUACAGGUAAUACAGACACAACUAAAGAACAAACUUUCACUUCCCCCUAAAGUUAUGGAGAAAAGGCACCAUGAUUGGGAAUCACUGGAAAGUGCAUUAAAUUCCAUCAUAACAGGCACCAAGAUGAGUGAUGGAAGUACAGUUGAGGAGGUAUUACGUCAGCUGGAAAAUAUAUCAGUGAAAGACGUGGCACCUUUGUCGGAGCUUCAGAAAACAGAUGAACAGAAUACAGCACUAUAUAACAAAGGUGAAAAAACAAGAAGCUUUAUGAAUUUGCUUAAAAAGUUGGGCCUAGAAGACUUUUACCCUAAAAAGAUGACAAAAUCCAGGGUUCUUGUUAUGGAUGAGUUAUCUUUGAGUGUAAAAGAGCCGCAAACAGAGAAAGACUUGAGUUUCCUUUAUCUCUAUAAACUCAUGACAUUGGACUACAGAGCCAGGUAUCUAUUUGUAAAAUCAGAAGAAAUUAGCAUGGAUUUCGAGGAGGAUGUUGGAAAUGUUGAGGAUGAUGGUGAUGACUUCUUUGAUUGUGAUGAUAAAUCAGAUAUGGUGAUGAGCAGCAAACAGGCCCAGAUACACCCGAUGGAUUUGCACAUGGCCAUUUUCCACUGUUCCAGUGACUUCUUGCGACAGUACAUUUUCACAAAACUCUCCACUUGUCAGUUUAGCCUACCCUUCUUGGUACCCAACCCCUGUACAGAUGAAGUGGAAUUCCCUCUCUGGGCACUCCGACAUAUCAGGAAAACUUGGCACAGCAAAACUGCGUCUGACACCAGUGGGAAGUAUCAUAACAGACAAAUGUUCAACACACCUGUGCCAAUUAUUUCCUUUAUUAGACUAGGAGUUUCUGAUUUGAACUCCAAGUCUCAGAUGUUGGAUGGUCUCAUUAGCAAACAGAAGCACAGUGUGUUCUUCCACCGUCAUUGCAAAGGCAGCACUCCAGAUAGCCUGCUCAUGAAUGGAGUUGUAGAGAUUGCAUGGUACUGUCCUGGAGGGAAGAAGGAUGACACAUUUCAUGAUUGUGUGGCCUUUCUCAAUCUUCAUGGUAAUGCAGAGGAACAUCCAAAACAACUUGAGUUUCUUCAAGCAGUGAGUACUGUCAAUGUCCUUCUCCUUUCAGAGCAUUCUAUGAGUGAAACUGCCAAAAAGAUUUCCGAGGAUUUGUCCAAGUCUCCCGUCCCCUUGAUUUGCUUGUUCUCAGGUAAGGACAAAAUUCACCAGUCAAAAAAUCCUUCAAAGGUGAGGCUAGCUGCAAAGAACAGGAAUCAGGCUGAAUUCACAGAGGAACUGAUUUCAAGUAUCAAACAGUGCAUCAAUGAACAUAAGCAGACUGCAAGCAUUGAAAGGUGUUGUGAAGAGGCAAGGAGACUACAGUUCAAAGUGGAUGAGGAUAAACAGUCAUGUCAAGAUGGGCAUGCCAUAGCCAAGACAUUAAUGUGCCUUCUAAAGGGUAGUAUGAGGAAUAAUUUAUCCACCCUCAAGGCGACCAUUUUACCAUUGCAAGGCAAACUGUGGCAUGAAUGGUGCACAAAAAACAAAGAACAAUAUCGACUUCAAAUUAAAAAUGAAAGUAUUGCAAUGAAGAUGAGUGGAAUCCAAUCUGAAAUGAGAAAUAUCCGGCAAGGACAAUUAAAUAUGGCCACUCCUCUCAAUGACUUCAUGAGGUCAUUCCUGGAAUGCUUAACAACACCUGCUCAGUUUGAAGACACACACCUGUACACAUUGCAGUGGCUCAGAAUCCUCUUGGAUGACCUUACCACUGAUGAGCUGGCAUCACUUGAACAGGACUAUCACUCAACAUGGAGAAAAAUGAAAAAUGUACCAAAAGGUAAAGAUAAAGCAUUAUAUGUAAACCCACUGCAAAAUAAACUGGACAGCAUAAUUGACAAAAUGGCUGCUACUACAGUUGGAAUUCAGCAUAUCAUGAGAGAAGUCAGUCAACUCUAUGAGACCAUUCAGCUGUCCACAGAAUCCCAUAAAAACAAUGCGAAACAUGCCACACUUCCAAAACUAGGAGUGAAAAUGCUGAUUUCUGGGUAUCCUCUUGAACUAAUGGAUGGAGAUGCUGCCCAUGUGCCGAUUACAUGGAUUAAUGCUGUCCUGGAUGAGCUCAUCAAUACCCUUAAAGACAAAAAGGUGUAUGUUUUGUCAAUUCUGGGACUUCAAAGCUCAGGAAAAUCCACACUGCUGAACACCAUGUUUGGUCUUCAAUUUGCAGUGAGUGCUGGAAGAUGCACCCGUGGUGCCUUCAUGCAACUUGUAAAAGUGGACUCAAGCAUCAGAGAUGAACUGGGAUAUGACUAUGUCCUCAUUGUGGACACAGAGGGACUCAGAUCUCCAGAGCUCAGUACAAACAUAACACUGAACCAUGACAAUGAGCUUGCCACCUUCAUCAUUGGAAUUGGUGACAUGACAGUUAUCAAUAUCAUGGGGGAGAACCCUUCUGAGAUGCAUGACAUUCUUGAGAUUUGUGUACAGGCCUUCUUGAGAAUGAAGCAGGUUAAAAUCACACCUAGUUGUAUUUUUGUGCACCAGAAUGUUGCCGAAUCUUCAGCCGGAGAUAAAAAUAUUGAGGGUAGGAGACGACUCCUGGAGAAACUGGAUGAAAUGGCCGAAAUAGCAGCAAAACAGGAGAAUGCUGCUGAUAUCACUUGCUUCAGUGAUGUAAUACAGUUUGACAUUGAAACGCAAGUGUUCUACUUCAAAAAUCUUCUAGAGGGAGACCCUCCAAUGGCUCCACCAAAUCCUUCCUAUAGCCAGAAUGUUCAGGAACUCAAGAGCAAGAUUCUCGGAGUUGCAUCAUGGCAAGAGAAACGUUCAUUUCCCUCACUUUCACAACUCAAAAGCAGAGUGUCUGACCUUUGGACAGCACUCCUGCAGGAGAACUUUGUGUUCAGCUUCAAAAACACAGUUGAAAUGAUGGUGUACACUUCUUUGGAACAUAAAUAUUCAGAGUGGACAUGGACACUGAGGAAACAUUCACUGAACCUUCAGACUAAACUGGAGAAUCAAAUUGGCAGCAACUUGAUUCAGGAUGUGACCUUUCCGGAUCUGGCAAAAGAGUUUGACAAAGUCUACAACCCACUGAAGACUGAGAUAGAGAGGUAUUUCAGAGAAGACAAAAACAAGGAGACCCUUGUGAAGUGGAAGACAAAUAUUGACAUUCGCAUUGUAAACUUAAAGAGUGAGCUCAUCGAGGGGACUGUGAAGAAAUGUAAAGAAUUACUGACCUCAAAGCAAAACAGGUCAGAACUGGACAAAAAAAGGGCCAAAUACACAGAUGAGUUGACUAAGCAGAGCAAACUGCUGGCGUCUACACUUAAAGCAAGACACCUGACAGAUGAGCAAAUGACCGAGGAAUUUCAAAAACUCUGGGUUAGCUGGACAAAUGACGUGUUGAAAUCACAGCCACCUGAGGAAGCACUAAAUGUGAAACCUAUAGUAGAAAAGGUCCUCCAUAGGCACUUCCAGAAUCAACCAGAAAUCUUAGAAAAACUAAAGGGAAUGAAGGAAUUUCAUUUUAAUGCAGACAAACACAUUAAUCAAAACAUCAUCAAAAGGCAGUGGGGUAAGAUUUGUGGCAAUUUCGACCAGGUAAAUGUUCUCAGGAGAAAUACUUCUCAUACAGUGAAUAAAUACAUCACUAGCAAGGAAAAUGAUAAGAAGGACUUUGACGAAAAUUUCAUCUAUGAAAUUUUAUCAGACAUUGAUAAAAGCAUUGCUAAAUUUGAGGACACGCCGGGGCAUCCAAAAUUAACCAACGAAUUUAAGGUGGACUUGUCAAUUGAUCUUUGCCUGAAAAAUGUUUCAAAACUUCAAGAGAUGCAUGACAAAUUCAAGACUGCGAACCAACCUCUAACAUAUCUACAAAGUCAGAGUGAUACAUAUUUCCAGUCUUUCAAAAACUACUGCAAAGGAGCCAGCUCUGUGACAAUAUUUGUUGAUUUUCUCUGUAAGCACAUCACACCAGAGGUUCUGAAUGCCGCAACUAACAAAACCAGUCAGCUGAUAGCAGAUACUAUGACAUCUGAUAAUCCAGCUCUCAAUGGCAACCGAUCAAACCUUGAAAAUCAUAUCCUGAAACAUCUGGCAGCUCAGGAGAGCUUUGCAAUGUAUGAGGAGUAUAUUGAUUCUCCAAAGAAAUUCUUUGAAAGAUUCAUCCGAGAAAACGUCAAAGAAUUUUGUGAUACUGGAAAGCUGGACACAUUCUAUCAGGACAAUCUGAAAAGCAUGAAAAAUCUGAUAUUAUCAGCAAGCACAGUCGUAACUACAGAAGUGGUUGAAAAGAAAGGCAAUACCAUUCUGUGGCUUGACCUGUUUUGUAGAAAGGUGGGAGAGAUAAUAGUUAUAAAAAGAGAUGAAUUGCGCAGCAUUGAAAAUGAAGAGAUCACAGACUGGUCGUUCCUUAAAGACACAAUUGCCAGAUCCGUGGAAGAAAUUAUUAAGAAUAAAAAGAUGGAUGUGACGGCUUUGAGAGAGAAACCCACCACAAUUCUGUGUGAGCAGCUCCAGGGAUGUUGGGCACAGUGCCCUUUCUGCAAAGCCAUCUGCACGAACACCAUCCCCAAUCACGAUGGAGACCACAGUGUUAAAUUUCAUCGCUCUCAGGCUCUGGCUGGUUGGCAUAAAGUUGGAACAGACAAUUUUGUCAUAGAUUUCUGUACCACAAAAGUAAUCAGUGACCUAAACUUCAUCAAUGACGAUGAUGAAGAAAUCCCCUAUAAAACAUACAGAAAAGCUGGACCCCCCUACAAUAAAUGGAGCAUUACUGGAGAUGGCAUUACUCAAUGCUACUGGAGAUGGUUUAUUUGCCAGUUUCAGUUAGAAAUGGAGAAAAAACAUGAUUGUAGAUUUACUGGCCAUGGACAAAUCCCUGAGGAAUGGAAAAAGCAUACAAAAGAAUCUGCAUUGGCAGAGUUACAGUAGCUUGGCAUACUAGUUUAACUGAGUAGGCUAUUGAGAACUUCUGCAACCUGAAUUUACUCCACCACUAUGAAGUAGUCAGAUGUCUCAAAUAAAUUAGUACAAAUGCUGAGGAAAUGACACAAUAUUAAUAUUAUGGGGUGAAGGAUAUACAAUAUGACUUUUGUGUAAUCUGCUUACUAUAUCAUAAAGAGGUAAAAUAGUAACAAAAUUCUGAUUAAGACCCAGUCUAACGCUGUAAAAGAUAUAUACUACCUUCAUCAAAUUUUCAAAUGUACUCAGUUUCACUGUUGAUUACUGAAUUAGUCAAUCAAGUCUUGGAUGCUAAAGAUGUUUUCCUAUACUAGAGCCUCUUUUCAAUAAAUGUUUACUUAUAUUUACUAAAUUUUACUAAUUUAAUAUA